GGCGAGUCUUAAAGUUCCUUCAGAAUGGGCAGUCUUCCCUCAGACGCAUCUGGACAACAACAGCAUCGGGUCAUGGAGUCGUGUCCUUAACUUUACCAACCCAUGUACACGGAAGUGUCACCUGUAGUGUCGGCGGAGAACACUUGCUUAUCCACUUUUUGCCGGCGGGAUAGCGGUCCUUAUCCAAGCGCACCGACCCAGACCAUUAACUCCGCUAGAACCCGCAGGGGGCCGUGAGAGCACCGUGCCGGCGUGUGCUUCGUACGCACUGCAGAGAAGAUGAAUAUCCAGGUUAUGCCAGAGCACAAGCUCUCGUCGGUGGCCCCACUGAAACAGUGCAAUGUGGAGAAAAAAGAGGUAGAACUGAUUCUCGUGAAGGACCAGAACGGCGUCCAGUACACUAAUUCCUCGAUCAUUCCCACCCCUGGUCACCGCGCAGGUCCGCCCGGAUCCGAGGACAACCGUGAAACUUGGGGCAAGAAAAUAGACUUUCUCCUGUCGGUUAUUGGCUUUGCGGUGGACCUGGCCAAUGUCUGGAGAUUUCCUUACUUGUGCUACAAAAAUGGAGGGGGUGCCUUUUUGAUUCCCUAUAUUCUUUUCUUGUUCAUUGCUGGGAUGCCAUUGUUCUACAUGGAGCUUGCCUUGGGCCAGUAUAACAGAGAAGGGGCAGCCACGGUUUGGAAAAUAUGCCCUGUCUUUAAAGGUGUGGGCUACACUGUGAUUCUCAUAGCCCUGUAUGUUGGCUUCUACUACAACGUCAUCAUUGCCUGGUCCCUCCACUACCUGGUCUCCUCCAUGACUACUGAGCUGCCAUGGCUCAAAUGUGGCAACAGCUGGAACAGUGAGAACUGCACUGAACCCCAAGCCAUCAAUGGAUCUGUUUUCGGCAAUGGCACCUCAUACGCUAAGUACAAGAUAACCCCGGCAGCAGAAUACUACGAACGGGGUGUGCUGCAUCUUCAUGAAAGUAAGGGUAUCCAGGACCUGGGCUUUCCUCGUUGGCAGUUGACUUUGUGCCUGGUUGUGGUGGUCUUCAUCCUGUACUUCAGCCUGUGGAAAGGUGUCAAGUCUUCUGGCAAGGUGGUGUACAUUACAGCUACAAUGCCUUACGUGGUCCUUUUGGUGCUGCUGAUCCGAGGCAUAACUUUACCCGGAGCUACAGAAGGCAUCAAAGCUUACCUCUCCAUUGACUUCAAGCAACUCAAAAAUCUAGAGGUGUGGAUUGAUGCGGCAACACAGAUAUUCUAUUCACUGGGUGCUGGAUUUGGUGUGCUCAUCGCAUUUGCAAGUUAUAACAAAUUUGACAACAACUGCUACAGGGAUGCUCUCUUGACCAGCACUGUGAACUGCGUCACCAGUUUCUUCUCAGGGUUUGCCAUCUUCUCUGUACUUGGAUACAUGGCUCACAAGCAUGGAGUGGAUAUAAAAGAUGUGGCAACAGAGGGUGCAGGUCUGGUGUUUAUCAUCUACCCUGAGGCAAUUUCAACACUUCCUGGCUCAACCUUUUGGGCCAUUGUGUUCUUCAUCAUGUUGCUGACUUUAGGCAUUGAUAGCUCGAUGGGUGGCAUGGAGGCAGUCAUCACAGGCCUGACAGAUGACUUUAAGAUUCUCAAAAGAAACCGAAAGCUCUUCACCUUCAUCACAGCUUUUGGAACCUUCCUGGUUGCUCUGCUCUGCAUUACCAAUGGUGGGAUCUACGUCUUGACCUUGUUAGAUAAGUAUGCAGCAGGGACUUCUAUACUCUUUGGUGUGUUGAUUGAGGCCAUUGGAGUGUCAUGGUUUUAUGGUGUGGAUCGCUUCAGUGAAGAUAUUGAGCGAAUGAUGGGCUUCAAGCCAGGACUCUACUGGAGACUGUGCUGGAAAUUUGUCAGCCCAGUUUUUCUGCUGUUUGUUGUAAUAGCCAGUACUUUGACAUCGCCAGACCUGAAGUAUGAUAACUACAUCUUCCCUAGCUGGGCCAACCUAAUCGGCUGGGGUGUCGCCCUGUCCUCUAUACUCUUGGUUCCUUUUUAUGCCAUGUAUAAAUUCUUCAGUCUACCAGGAACAUUCCGGGAGAGGAUAGCUUACUGCAUCACUCCAGAACAUGAACACCACAUGGUUGCUGAAGGAAACGUACGGCAGUUCAAACUCAGGCACUGGUUGGCCAUUUGAUCACAAAUACAGUACCCGGAAUCCUGUCAUCCAUCCUCACAUCUGGUGUCUGAAGUUCCUGUAUGCCCCUUGUGGUCAGACAGAGAAGGUGAACAGCAGGCUCCAACCUUUCCCAGCAGCCUCCCUCUUCUCCCCGCAUUCACCACCCAAAAGCCUUUGUUGUCACCGGUGGCUUCGAGCGUUUUGAUUCAAGCGUAUGCCUGUUAACAUUCUGAAAUCAAUCUACAGCUUCUACUCAUAAGGGAGAGUCACACCAUGGGAAAGCAUUUACAGUUAUUUGUUCAUAGAUAUGUUUUUAUACACUAUUUUAAUUAAUUAAUUAUAACUUUAUUUGUGAUUUUGUACACUGUGUUCGAGCUCUUGAAACUAAAAAAAAAAAAAUCUAAAAAAUGAAACAAUCCCAUUUCCCUGUAUAUUAUUAAACAGGGGACCAAAAAUGUUUUAACUUUUAAACUUGUUUUAAAGUCUGAUAUUCUUUAUUAUUGCGUUGUUAUUGAAAGAAAGUCUCUAUUCUUGCCAUCCUCUUGGCACGGUGGCUUAUCUGUGUCAGUGCCUUAUCGAGCAAGACACUCCAUCUUUCUUACAGUCUGUACGUGAAGAAAUAACAUACACUGUGUUGACUCAGGAACCCACUGAAAUCAAACCACUUUGUGGAUGGGAAUCACUAGUUUUGACCUAGACGUUUGGCACAAAUUUCAAAGAGCUGGAAGUCAACAGUGCACCAAGGUCACGCUCUUUAGCAAAUGAAAAACCAAGAAGAAAGAACCCUUUUGUGUCGCACUGUAUUAUAGUAAAGGGAAUAAUGUAUGUAUCACUCCAAAGCUUCAAAGAGCAGUGGCAGGCUUCAUUCAGCUCUUGUGCUUUGAAAAGCUAGACUUAUAACCAAGUCUUAGUCUCAAAGAACAACUAAUUUAUAACCUGGUCAGUCUCUGGCUAGUCACUUAAGGUGCAGGGGAAAAAUCCACCAAAACAAAUGGCAUAACUGUUACAAACAGCUUUGUAUUAGUGUUGUGUGACUUUUACCUUCCAUUUUUGGUCUGUUUAGUGCUUCUAAAGAAUCUCUGUGGCUUUUCCUUCAAGGAGACAAUGAGAGAAAGACUAGUGAGAGUGUGUGUGUAUGUAUGUAUGCAUUGGGAUUAUGUUGCCAACCACUCCAUGCUGUUUGUGUACAGUACAUGGAAAACUGACAACUAUCAAAUGCCUCGCUUUCUCGAGCAGUAUAUUAACUAUUAUGUUACUUACUUGAGUACAAUGCUUAUAUUUUCAUUUGAAUCAUAACUUGUGGUGUUCCUGUUUUUCAUCAUAGAUGUGCCGACAAUUUGCAUUAGUGAUAUGGGAGUGAUCUGGUUUAUCUUCUUCUGUUUCUUUUUAUUAUUUAUGGGAAUGAAGUUGAAGUUGAAUUCUAACUUUGCAUCAUAAGAGAACACCCUUAUUAAAAGGAAUAAAGCCACAGGAAAAAAAAACAGAUAUAUGUGGAAUAUAUAAGAAGAUAUAGAAAUAUAUGAAUAUAUUCUUUUGUUAUAUCUAAUAUUCUAUUUAUCAAAUUGUUUAUAGCAAAACGUGAAUGUAAAGUAUUUUAAACGUAACUGUCCAUAGUCAUAAUAUAGUGUUUGAUGUAUAGCUAAGAAAAACAAUUAUUAUUCUGUGUAACCUUGGGCUACAUUGUCACAUAUGAAUGUGAAAAAAAAGAACACCCUGGCUUUCCUGGACUAUGUUUACAGUAAUAUUAUGUACAACACCAAUGUCCCGUUGAACGUGAGUGACAACUGUCUAUGAAGAAUUCUUAAGUAUUAACACAAUGAAAAUAAAGAAUUUCUUCUACACAGUUGAAAAUCAUAUUCUUUUUUGUUUUGGUUUGGUUUGGUUUUAAGCAUUCAGCCAUUGGUAGCUUCAUCCGUCUGUCACUCCAGAUAUAACAGACAGUUUCAUUGCUGAAUAAGGGCUACUCAUACUGGCUCACUGUACCUUUAUACUACCUGUCCUCAUGCUACUAUUGUUUGUUAGUUAAUGUUUACUAAUGGUGUGGGUUUUAUAUUCAUCAGUUACUCUAAAAGAAAGUCCGAAUCAAUAAUACAAACGCAGUAAAUUAUUCGGCGAUACAAAUGUAGAAUACUGGUUCUGGUAAGGUCUGCAUUCGAGUGAAGUAAAUGUCAGAAAGUGGUGAAAGAAGCAAAUAUGCUACACCAAAGAUUUUUUUUUCUCCACAAGCCUCACUCUCAGUUGUACAACCAUCAAUUUUCCAAAAUGUGAGGGAAGUUGGAAAAUUGU